AUGCACCCAACAGACAUGAGUUCCAAAAUUACUGCCAUAAAGGAUGUUUGUCAAAGAAAGAAAUUUCCCAUAAUCAGGACUCGAGUUUUACGAAUGUGGGGAGUUUAUCCUGUGGGUCACAAAAUUGAGGCAAUUGCUCCGAAGGGAACUAUGUCCAAAUUCAAGUCUGAGCUUCAUGAGGGCAAGGUUUACAGAAUUUCGUCCUUUGCAGUUGUGGCCAAUAAUGGCAAUUUUAUGGCAUCUGAACACGAGUGCAAUUUCAGUUUAUCUGAGAGGUUAGUGGCAAAGUAUGGUGGGGCUGCAGCUAUGUAUUUUGUGUCAAAGAAAUUGAAGAAGAAACACAAUAUCACCGAUGAGCGUGUUGCAUUGUAUGGAGCUGCAGAACAGUGGAUUGAUGCUUUGAAGGGCCGAAAAUUUCUUGGAGGUCAUUUUGUUACAGUUGACAGCAGUAAGGAAAUGAUUGGAACAUUCAGCCCCCAAACCGAUCCUUACACACAUGAGAUGCCUGAUGAGACAACACCAUCUGGAAUAUUUGCUAGAAGGGCAUAUUCAGCUAGAAGUAAGUUUGUUGAUGAUGACAACAAGUGCUACUUGGAGAUCGACUACACGUUUGAUAUCAGAAAGGAUUGGCAGUAG